UUUUACCUUAUGUUGGCUCUUUUGGUUGUCACAGCAAAUGGGAAUGCUUUAGAUCAUCACUGAACAAUCUUUAAUUAAAACCUGGUAUGUUAAGAUGUUGAGGUAUUUACAUUUUUUUGCAAUACUCAGUUCGGUGAGUAUUGCAAAAAACAUAACAUUUCCGUUGCAUUAUUCAGAAGUGUGAAUGACCUCUGGAUCACUUAAACAUGAUUGAGCAUGGAUUGCACCAGCAUGAACAGUUUAAAACCACGUUUUCAUGAAUCCAUGUUGUACUUCCAGGCCACUUAAUAGCUUGUUCAACAAGAGGUACUUCCUGCAGAUCCCUUAUGAGACGUGUAAAGAGAGAAGAAGCUCAAGAGUCUAUGUGCCUCCGGAUCCACCAGGCUACUUUGAUGGAUAUGUCUGGCCCAUGUACUUGAAAAACAGAAAAGCGAUGGAAGAAACUGUAAAUGACAUAGUGUUUCUGGAUGGCACACAGAAGAGCGAGACGUUGCUCUCAACUGUUCUUGCAGACAUUCAGGAAAUGUUUAUGGUUAUACAGAGAUGA